CGUGAUCCCGAAUCUGAUUGGCCGCCAACAAGAGCUUGCUGGAUGUAGCUAAACGCUCAUUGGUUGGUUGUAUGAAAGGGCGGGGCUUCGUGUUGCUACAUUUCCACCUUUUGUCGUUCUUCGGCAGCUGCAAACUGGAAAGUCCCUGACAUCCAAGAAGGUUUCAGACAGGAACACUGCGGUGAGGUUGUACCGCUUUAAAUGAAGGAUAUUCACACUGUCCUCGCAUUGCUACCCCCGCGGACACCACAUUCUGCGAGGUUGGUUCAGUCGUAAAGGUUUUAGCAAACCGAGUAGAUGCUCUCGAGGGCUAACUAGCUUUGUGUGCAAGCUAGUUCUUUGUGCGGCUAGCUGCUAGCCGAGGUAACGUUAUGUUGUUGUUGAAGUGAGCAGCCCUCCCGCCGUCUGCGAGAGGACGUCCAUCAGCUGUGCAUGGAGAAACGCCUCCUCUCGUCUGCUGACAGUCCCGGUGAAAGUGGCCCGUGACAUCCCGCUGUGUGACGGCGGUGCAGCGAGAGAGGGGAGAGUUUGACCGAAGAGGAAAGAGAUGGGAAACUGUCUGAAAUCUCCGACCUCGGAUGAUAUUUCUUUGCUUCACGAGUCCCAGUCGGACCGGGCCAGCUACGGAGACGGUGACCCCGACCAGGAGCCGCCGCCCCCCUACCAGGAACAAAUCCAUGUGCCUGUCUACCACCCAACACCCAGCCAAGCCCGACUGGCCACUCAGCUGACUGAGGAGGAGCAGGUUCGCAUCGCACAGCGAAUUGGACUCAUCCAGCACCUCCCGAAGGGCGUGUAUGACCCAGGACGGGAUGGCUCUGAGAAGAAGAUCAGAGAGUGCGUCAUCUGUAUGAUGGACUUUGUAUACAGAGACCCCAUCCGGUUCCUGCCCUGCAUGCACAUCUACCACAUGGACUGUAUAGACGACUGGCUGAUGAGAUCCUUCACCUGCCCCUCCUGCAUGGAGCCUGUGGACGCCGCGCUGCUUUCCUCCUACGAGACCAACUGACACACGCACACCCACACACACACGCACACACAUAUAUAUAUAUAUAUAUAUACAUAUAUACACACACACUGUAUAUGCCCAUAUAUAGGCACCUGUGAACCAGAAUGGACAUACAGAUACAAUAUGCACACACAUUGACAUGCACACAAUAUCCAUCUUGCUAACUUGUACCCUGGAUUAGUAAGGUGUUGCUAUAAAACAGUGAACGGUGUAAAAGAUUUAGGAUGAAUGCUUGCGUAUGUAUGUAUGUAUGUGUGUACAGUAUGUAUGUAUGUAUGUAUGUAUGUAUGUAUGUGUGCUGCACAAGUUCCUCCGUUGGCCUGCUGGACAGGAUGGAUUUAAGGAGGACUGAACAGAGUGUUGGUGUGUCGGACAAACCAGAAAGAGCUGGACCGAGCAGACCAAGUGACAGAUGGGACAGUGGGGGAUGUGAUGAUACCAGUGUAAAGGGGAGUCAAGGGGAAAGGAUGAUGGUGAACUGAUAGGAUUAAGAAAUCCAAGAUCCGCUUUUAUAUGCAGGAAUACAAACUCGACUGUGCCCAUAAACACACUUCCUUUAUUUACUUCACAUCAUUGAUAUGAACAAUACAGAAGGAAGGACGGCUGACCACCAUCAUCAGGCCGCCGAUUGCGCUUGUUGGACUGCCGAGGCCUGAUUAGUAAAACACCACACUGCAGGACAAGUGGAAAGAAACGUCCCGUCUGCCAGAUGCUUCUUCACACAGAUGCCUGUUGCAGAGUCAUAUCUGCUGCAAAAACUGCUACAGACGUGUGAUUUCAAGGAUGCUAGAGCUGGAACAUCAGACUUGACUCUGCAAAUAUCAGAUAUAUAUUCUGCAGACACACCGCAGGCCUCCACUGGUCCACAGCGCCUAGGCCUGGAGUGGCCUGUCUGUAUAGAGGAAAACAAGAUCGGUCGGUGGAUUGAUCGAUCGUCCCGUGGCUUUGUGAAAUCUGUUACGUGUUUGUUUUGUCCGUCAGCAUAAGGGCUUUGUCAAACUAGUGUUUACCAACAACGCGGAUAAGGCAAAAGGAAAAACAGUCUGUGCUUUAGUCACUAAUGUGGUGGACAGCUAGACUGUUGCUGCCAAGCUAUCGACUCCUCGGGACUUUCUGGAUCACAGUGGGCUCUCAGAUUAUUGGCCAAAGCACAAGUCGACCAGUUAACGAACCAUUGAUAUUGUGACAAAAGUUGACCAUAUGCAUUCAGUAAUUAUGUCAAAGUGAGGUAUGUGAUUUGUUUUACCAACAUGCUCACUACCAUUGCAAUGAUCUUUAAUGAAAGCCCCUCUCUGUGAGUGGAAACACAAUUUAUAAAUGGUGACAUUAACCAAACUACUGAAUUAAUUAAGUCCCAAGUUUGGCGGCCCUGUUAUUGUCCAAAUAAUGUAUCUCCAGAGAGGAAUCAUAGACUGAAUUUAAAAACAAAGCAGUUGGGGCUCAUUUAAAUGCGUUUGCAUAUGUUCUGUAUUGCUUAAUUGCGCAUCCUGUCUUGUGGCAAAUGUGUUCAUAAAACCAGAAGUAAAGCAAACCUUCACAGGGGAAAUGGUUCACGCUUGCACCAUCAGGAUGGUUUGUGUGUCGGUGAACAUGACUGAAGACACCGAUUUGCCGAUUUACCUGACGUGGUCAGAAUAAACCGUUGAUACAUUUGCUGACCAUGUGUUCUCAGUUCAGAGUGGUGAUAUUUCUAUCCAUUUUAAUUUUUAAAAAUGUUCUUCUCAAGUUGAGGCCUCGAUCUUAAUGACCCCCCUCCCCCGCCUCAUUUUAAAAUGUCUUAUCGCCCAAGAUACCCAGUUUACUGUUAAAGCACAAAGAGACAGUUAUUCCUUCUCCCUGCUGACAUUGGCACGCAGGUGAGUCGGCAAGACUUUGAAAUAUGCAGGAAAAGGUAAAUAAUUUGAGCUCCCUCUGCACAGCGGGCAUGAUACAGAUCCAACACAGUUUGUGAACAUGCCUUCAGUGAUCUGUGUUUGUGUGUGUGCCUACUUGCGUGUUUGUGUUUGUAUUAGGCUUGAUGACCUUUUGUGUAUGUGUGUGUGUUUCAGAAAGAUCGGGGGUGGAGGGGCAGUUAGCACCUUAGUUUAUGCACAGUACUUUAAUCUAUGUAACUCUUCAUAUUGUCCUCCAUCAGUAAGGUGGAGCGUCAAGGCCUUUGGUUAAUCGUGAGUAAGGAAUGGCAUCAGCUGCUAAAGUGUGGAACAAGAAGGGUGACACAGCAACAAUUUAGAAGGCUGUUCCCGAGCUGUCAUACGUGCACGUCAAGGAGAUGUUCUACAUUGUCACAAAACAAAUGAAUACACUGUCAAAUCCAAACACCACAGUACUGUGUUCCCACUUCUUUCGUCUGCAGUAUAGCAGAUGACAGUUUGGAAACAAAAGCCUUUUUUAAGAGUAUGCAAUUUCUUUUUUUCUUUUUUUUUUUUAAAUAGGAGAAAUCUGGACCUUAAACAUGGCUGGCUGGGACUGGCAAUGCUCCAUGCAUUCUGGAGGUAAACAAAACCAUGUCAUCAUAUUUGCCAUAGUUCCUUUUUAAAAAUGAUUCAAUACAUUAAAAAAAAAUUAAUUUCAAAAACCAUCAAUGAUUUGUGUAAAGACUAUAGCACGCCACAUGGAUAUGCAUUAUUGUGGAGCUGCUUCAUUUCGGUAUCUGUCAUCUGCUUAAAAAAAGGAAGCAGCAGCCCAAAAUGUUUCUUAGUCGCGAGCCAGCGAGCGCUUUUGUUCUGACUUUGAUUCUCGGGACAGAUUUGUUUGUUUUGAAAAUGUCCACACUUGCCGUUUUUGGGUGGAAUUGUUCUGCUUUUGAGUACAGGAUGGAACAUGGAGAUUUGCUCGUAUGUGAGUGGGGUGUUGUAUGUUUGUGUGUGGAUGCUUGUUAGACCUUUUCUUGUUUGUAAGCAUAAAUAUGCAUAUGCUAUGUACUACAGGCAAAUAAUAAAUAGACAUUGCAACAGAACAU